AUGGGUCUUGAGCAAGACAAACCUGGUGAAAUUGUCCACUUGGAGGCUACUCCGGUGACAAUGAAUCCCACCGAUAUAAAGAAGUCUGAGCACCCUGAUGAAGUCUCCGGAUCUGUUAUGAGCCUGAAUGUGGCUCUUACCAGUUACCGGAAUUCUCUACUGUUCAGUUUGUUCUUCUGCUUCUCCGCUGUUCUCUGGGGUUACGACAUGCAGGUCAGCGGAGGCCUUCUUGCCGCUCCCGAGUUCCGCGCGGUGUUUGGAUACACCCAGGCUGAUGGCACGACUAUCCUUCCGGCGGAAUGGCAAGCUGCUUUCAAUAUGAUCGCCACAGUUGGUGGAAUGAUCGGAAGUCUGCUCUGCGGUCCUAUCUCGCCUUACGCAGGUCGAAAGAUGACUUUGAUCAUCGCAUGUGUCAUCUCCAGUGGCUCCGUCUUCUUGCAGUUCUUUGCGUUCACUCGGGGUGUUCUGCUUGCUGGAAAAUUGAUCAACGGCAUCGCACUUGGCAUGUUCCUCGUCACCGCAUGUGCCUACUGUUCUGAGGCCUGCCCUGUCGUGCUUCGCGGCAUUACCAUUGCCAUGGUGAAUCUCUUUGUAGUCGUCGGUCAGCUCCUCGGGAACUGCCUCAUCAAGGCUUUCGGUGGGCGAUCAGACAAUUUUGCCUACAGAAUCCCCUUUUCUUUUCAGUGGAUUUUCCCGGCGAUCCUUCUUGCUGGCGUGUGGUUCUGCCCCGAAUCCCCGUAUUGGUAUGUCCAAAGGGGCAAGCAUACAGAGGCCAAAAAGUCCCUCGAACGAUUCCAGACGGGCGGAAGCAUUGAUAGCUGGCUUAUUGAGAUCCAAGAGACAGUUCGUAUAGAAGAGGAAUCAGCAUCGUCUGCUAGCUACUUGGAUUGUUUCCGAGGAACUGAUCUCCGUCGAACCUUGAUUGUCAUGUCGGUUUGGACUAUCAACUCUUUCAGUGGUGUCAACUUUGUGCUCAGCUACUCAACGUACUUCUUCCAAAUAGCCGGCAUCCCUACCUCUUCAUCGUUCGACAUGGGUGUUGGCGUGACUGCAGUUGGUGUCCUAGGGAACAUCUGCUCGUGGUGGAGCUCUCGUCCUGGCAUGCUCAUUCUCACUGUGAUUCUCUUCAUCAUUGGCAUUCUCGACGUUGUACCGGGUUAUAACUCCUCCACUGCCAUGGGCCAGUGCGUAUUGAUUAUCGUCUGGAACUUCUUCUACGAUCUCACUCUUGGACCUCUUGGAUACGUGAUCUGUGGAGAGAUGUCUUCUACUCGGUUGCGGUCAUACGGCGUCAGCAUUGGUUUUUUUACGCAAAAUUUCUGGACUUUAAUUAUGACGCUCACGACGCCUUACAUGAUAAACCCUGAUGAAGGUAACCUUCGGGGCAAGACAGGCUUCAUCUUUGGUGGGUUCUCAGUCAUUGCCUGUAUCUGGACUUACUUCUGCUUGCCAGAGACCAAAGGCAGGACCUUUGAGCAGCUGGAUCAUAUGUUCGAGCAGAAAAUCUCGGCACGCAAAUUUGCCGAGUAUGACCAAAGACCGCAUGAAGGAUAA